AUGGGCCAACCGUCUUUUGCGGCGUCAAACGCCAUCAUCUAUGUGACCUAUGGCUUCUUCCUCAUCCUGGGCACAGGCAUUGCCUGGAGAAUGAGAAAGCAGCCCAACACGGACUUUCUCUCCGGCAACAGGACACAGACUGCUUGGCCACUGGCCUUCAACUUCAUCGCCUCUGCCUUGGGAUCCGGUAUCCUGUUUUCGUACCCGGAGCUCGCAACUAUCGCGGGUGUUCAGGGUGUCGUCGUUUACGCGUUGGCGUCGGCGCUGCCCCUGCUUAUUUUCGCCUAUCUUGGCCCCAUGAUUCGUCGCAAGUGUCCUGAUGGAUUCGUCUUGACGGAGUGGACGCGCAACCGAUAUGGCACCGUUGCUAUGCUGUACUUGAGCUUCAUGACGCUCGUGACCUUGUUCCUUUACAUGGUUGCGGAGCUGUCGGCCGUCGGACAAGUUGUCAACGCUCUGACCGGUCUCGAUGGGCUUCCGGUGAUUAUUGUGGAGUGUGUGGUUACAACCAUAUACACCUAUGUGAUCCAAGGAGCCAUGGUCGUUGGCCUCAUCAUCAUUGCCACCAUCACCAUUGGCGUCAAGGCCGAGAUUAACCGCGAUCUCAUCGACUCUUCGGGCCUCACCAAGGCCAGUCUUGUGGGCUGGCAGCUGGUCUACAUUCUUCCCGUUGCCGUCCUGACCAACGACUUCUUCCUCUCCAACUUCUGGCUGCGUACCUUUUCAUCUAAGACGGACAAGGACUUGUGGGUCGGCAUUUCUGUUGCAACGGUGGCAGUGCUGUGUAUCCUCACCUUGGUUGGUGCCACGGGUCUCAUUGCUGCGUGGACAGGUGCUUGGCCAGGAGAUUCCGAUAUUGAUGGAUCUCUCGCUUUCUUUGCUCUGCUGGAGCAGCUGCCGAGCUGGGUCGUGGGCAUUGUUCUGGUCAUGGUUGUUAGUCUGAGUGUCUCUGCCUUUGACUCUCUGCAGUCAGCCAUGAUCUCAUCGGCGUCCAACGACUUGUUCCGCAACAAGCUGAACAUCUGGAUCAUUCGUGUGCUUGUUGUCCUCGUUAUCAUCCCUACUGUGGUGAUUGCGCUCAAGGCCCCGUCCAUCUUGCAAAUCUUCCUCAUCAGCGAUCUCGCGUCAGCGGCUACUAUCCCUGUGCUAUGCCUCGGAUUGUUCGACACGUUUUACUGGUGGCGCGGAUUUGAGGUCGUCGUGGGAGGACUGGGCGGCAUCCUGACCGUCUUCAUCUACGGCGCCAUCUACUACGGCGACGCAAAGAGCGGCGGCGAGCUGAUUCUGCUUGAGCAGGGCCUCUAUGCGGGCGACUGGGGUGCUUUUGGCGCCUUUGUGGCUGCGCCUGUGGGAGGCAUCAUCUGGGGCUUCAUUGCUUUGGCGCUGAGGCUGUCGGUCCAGUUCACUCAGGCCAAGAUGCGAGGCGAGCGUUUCGAUGGUCUUGAUCGCCCAUUGGCGACGAGUGAGGUGGAGGAGGAUGACGCUCAGCUUGUGACUGAGAUUUCGACUACUGUUGCCGGCAAGUUCUUCUAAGAGCUGCUAGUAGACUGUUAGCGAGGGGCUGCCUCUCUUCUUCUUGUCUUGUUGGAUAUGAGCAAUUAAGAAGAAGAAGGGAUUAGGGGUAGUCUUGUCUUGGAUAAGUAGAAGUUGGAAGAUGGAAGAUGAAAGAUGAAAGAUGGUUUGGCAUUGGUGUGGUGUUGCAGUAGUAAUAAGCAGUACUUACAGAGCAAUCUGUGGCUACUGCAGUAAUAUUGGGGCUUUAGGAAGUAUUGAGUCGUAAUAAUAAGUCGAAAGUGGCUA